CCUGCCCUACCCCCUGGGAAACCCCCCCCCCUCUCUCUGUCUCGCCGUCUCUCUUUCCGCGCCUGCCCCCUCCUGCCACCCCCCUGGAACCCUCUCUCUUUCUCUGCUCGGGUCCGACCCCGACACGACCCGGAGAACCUGAGGCGCGACCCGGCCGCUGGACCUUUGCCCUCUCUUGUCGCCUGUACGCCCGCUUUGUCGCCCGCCGUCUUCACGUGCUUACAACACUACCCUCUUAUCGCUCCUACUCGUCGUCGUCGUCGUCGUCGUCGUCUCCGUUACCAUUCUCUUCGCACGCUUCUUCGGCGUCGCCUAAAGCUGUCGUCGCCGCAUCUCCCAGCGUCCCCCGUUCCUGUCCACGAAAUUUCGACUACAGCUCGACUCGCGCGUUGCCGUUCCUCACCUGAUCUCAGGCAGGACGGCACGUAAGGGUUUCCUCCAUCUUUCCACGCACGGAGCAUUCUCUCUCCCCCUUCUCUCUCUCCCCCUCCCCCCUCCGUCUUCUUCCGCUUCGUCAGCAGCACCGCCGGCAGACCGCCGUGGUGAACGAAUACGAGUCCUGCACCAGCUCCCCCGCUACAUACGACUACCUCCACCACGUCCUACGACCUACUCCUUCCAGUAGACUCGCCGUCGCGAGACACACGCGUUGGUUUGAAACCGGCUUGAAGGACGUCACGACCGGCUUUUCGAAACACGCAUACAUACCUAGACGAAUACGUAUACAUACCGUACACGUGCGAUCCAGAACACCCUCAGCGGCCUCCAACUGCCUGCCUGUGUGUGUGUGUGUGUGUGUGCACAAAGGAAGGGAGAUACUUGUGCAAAAGCGCGCGCGUCUAGAGACCACGCUCUUCUUGGUCGACGUUUAGCUUCGGAGGCUUUCAAGCUUUGCCCGAGUACUACAACUAUUCUACUACUACUAUAACUACUACUACUACUACUACUACUACUAUUACUACUACUGCUACUACUACUACUACUACUACUACCACUACUACGCCCAGGCUACAGCUUCUCAAGUACGGUGCGCUGCAAGAUCAAGGGAGGACAGAGGAAAUAUAAGUGAAUAAGGAGUCGAUAGAUGAGAUCGACGACCUACGACGACGCCUUAUCACGAAGCCAGGAGUAGCGCCAUCAUCCCGCCUAAUAAUCGACCGGUGCCUAAUCGCUGUCGAUACACAGCUUCACACUUUUCGCUUCUUCUCUUUUCCCAGUGAGAUAUCUCUCCAUCCCGUCCUCUCUCGCCCGCGAUACAUUCAGCUUCUACGCCUCCCCGGAGAUAAUCGCGCGAGAAGCCUCGUGCGCACCAUCGAAACUCGGCCUACGGGAUUAAAGAAUUUUCGCAGAAACGCGAAUCAUCGACAACGAGCCGCCUAAGCCUACGGCCUACGCCGUCGCGCUCCCUCGAUUAAUUCUCGCCACGAGAUCCGAGAUAUCAGGCGAGAGAAAAGGAAAGACGGCGAUAAGCCAGCCACGCUCGAAACAGCCGACGUUGCUGAUAAACGCGAGUCUCCGUCAGACGAUUCGACAUAUCGCGCGACGACAACGACGACGAGAGCCAAGCGCGAUUUCGAGGUGUGAGGAAGAACGAAGUUACGAGGCACGGUGAUUUUCCACGCGGAAGAUCUACGCGCAGGAAGACAGACGCGGACCAUCGUGUACAUGGGACACUAAGAUCGUCGCAUCGCGCUUAAACGAGAGAUCUUCUGCCGUAAGGUAUACAAUCACGAGUAGUCGCACGACUCCGAGGCACACGCGGGAUUUCGCAUAAAGUGUGCUUGUGUGUGAAUGGUGUAGAUGAAGGUGGAGAGGGAGAGAGAGAGAGAGAGAGAGAGGGAGGGAGAGAGAAAGGGAGAGAGGAAGGGGUGAGCGUGUGUGCACGUGAGCGAGUGGUGAGAGAAGAGCUGAGACGAGACGAGGCGAAAGUGGUGGAACGAAAGGGUUCAGUAGCGGACUUGGCGAAAUCCCGUGAACAAGUGCCGACGAGUUCGUGUCGCGAGGUGGUCGUACUCCAUAAACCGAAACGUCUAUAUCCUUGACAAGAUUAGUCGACGCGUGUGUACGGAGAAAAGGAGCCGAUCAUCACGAGCAAGAGAGUUUAGAACGGCGGAGAGAAAGAGAGAGAGAGUGUGCGAGAGUGUGUGUGUGUGUGAGAGAGAGAGAGAGAGAAAGAGUGAGUGAGAGAGAAAGAAAGAAAGAGAGGGAGGAGAGUCCGGGUUACUACUCUCUCACGGUAGAGGCCAACGGACGGCGGGGACUCUCGAUCUUCCAGGAGUGGAAGAAUGGCAAUGGUCAGCAUGAAUAACCUACUGAACGGCAAGGACUCGCGGUGGCUGCAACUGGAGGUUUGCAGGGAGUUCCAGCGCAACAAGUGCACCAGGCCCGACACGGAGUGCAAGUUCGCCCAUCCGCCGGCUAACGUCGAGGUGCAGAACGGACGGGUGACCGCCUGCUACGACAGUAUCAAGGGUCGGUGUAAUCGAGAGAAGCCACCUUGCAAGUAUUUCCAUCCCCCACAGCAUCUGAAGGACCAACUCUUGAUAAACGGGCGCAAUCAUUUAGCGCUGAAAAACGCGCUGAUGCAGCAGAUUCAGCAGGGCCUUACGCCGGGUCAGACUCUCGUGCCCGGGCAGGUACCCGCAGUGGAGGCACCAGCACCUCCGGCACCACACCAUCACCUUCAACAGCAAAUCCAGCAGCAACUUCUCGCUACCCACGCCUUUAUGGCGACGAAUCCGUACCUGACCGGUAUGCCGCAGGUUAGCAAUACGUACAGCCCGUACUUCGCGCCCAGCCCGAUAAUGCCGGCGAUAAUGGGCCCGGCUGACCCAACGGGCGUCGGCAGUCCGCUCGGCGUGGUGCCGCAGACAGUGGCGAUGCCGCAGAAGAUGCCACGUACCGACCGCCUCGAGACGGCGACGAUGCCGACGAACGUGACGGGAAUGAGUACGUUGGCUGGCGGAGUGUCAGGAGUGCCGGCAGCUGCGAUGCCCGGAGGACUUCAGAGCGCCGGUAUGGCGAGCAUCGAGCUCGGCAAGAAGCGGAUGCGCGACUCCAAUGAUGAUCUGCUAAUGGUACCACGGCUUAUGCAUGAAAUGGACAUGAAGUCUGUCGGGUCGUUCUACUACGAGAACUUUGCCUUCCCAGGGAUGGUUCCGUAUAAACGACCGGCGGCCGACAAGUCCGGCGUGCCGGUCUAUCAGCCUACCGGUGCGACGACCUAUCAACAGUUAAUGCAGCUGCAGCAGCCCUUCGUGCCUGUGUCAUGUGAGUACACUGGAACACCACCCCUACCCACUCAAACCUCUAACCAAUCGGUCGUGCAACCCCCGAACGUGCAAAGCAACCACCACGCGAUAGUGGUGCAAUCCUCCUCCUCCCAGGGAGCCGCUGGCGCAACAGUCAAUAACUGCGCUGACGCCAACAAUGGCGUGCUGAUGGAUCCCAACAAUCCGCCGCCGCCACCUCCGACCGCUGACAAUAACAGUAACAAUAGUAACGGCAAUAACAAGCAACUGAUUACCACGCAGAAUCAUGAUGAAAAUUCGCGUAACUCCCCCGAAUUGAAUCAUUCGAGCCCAUCGUCUCUGCAGCAGCAGCAGCAGCAGCAGCAGCAGCAGCAGCAGCAACAGCAACAGCAGCAGCAGAUAUCGCAACAACACCAACAACAACAACAGCAACUCAACCAGUUGGCGCUACCACCAGCGAUGAGUCCGUUGACUUCUAUGGCCAGCCUGACCUCAAUGCCCAGUAUGGUGAACAUGGCCUCGAUGGCUUCUAUGGCCUCCAUGGCAAAUAUGUCAUCGAUAACGAACCUCACCUCUAUGGGCAAUUAUAACGCUGCUUCCAAUAUGGCGAGCCUAAAUAUGCUCAACAGUCUCGGAAUGGCCUCUGGACUACCAGCUCCUCUCGAUCCAGCGACUCUCGCCAAAGAGGUCGCCCAGAAAAACUAUGCCAAAGCCCUUAAGCUCUCGCAGGUCUCGCAGUCUUACGGCAUUGGCCAGCUCGCACUUAAUUACACCGGCGUCGCUCUGAAUAAACAAAAUCUCAUGAAUCCCGCCGCCGCGGCGGCCGCCGGGAAUCCCGCGGUGGCGGCAGCCAAUCUGCAAGCCACCGCGGCGACUCCCAGACCUGUCAUCCCGAGUCUGGCCGGUAUCCCGGGCGCCUUGACCUCACCGCUGUCCGCGGGUAUCUUGGCCUAUUCCAGACCGCCACCCACAGCGACCCCCAUCAAUCCAUACUCUCUGAUCAGGCAGCAGAUCUUGCCGAACCCAUACAUCCAGGCGUCGAUACCCGGCGCCGCGACCGUACAAACCAAUCCCUACGUCCAGAAUCCAUACGCCGUUCUACCUGCAGUAGCCGGUGUACCCGGAGUACACUCGGCUGCGGCCGCAGGUGUACCGCAGAUACCGCAGAUAGGCAACCCGGCGACAAUAGCGGCGCAGCCGCAGGUAGCGAUCCCCGUCAGCUCUGGGGUGAUCAUGCAACCGUACAAGAAGAUGAAGACGUCGUAAAGACAUCUUAUCCACCGGCUCGGGAAGACUCGUCUCUUCUCACGAAAGUGCCGUUCCUUCCUUCGGGCACCUUCCAUUCUCUCCCUCGCGACGAACGAACGAACGAUUUCCGCGAAAGCCGCUGCGGAUGAUGAUUGCUGCUACCGCAUCGUGGUAGCGAUAUUUUAGAUAAUUCUAGAGUACCUUUACGAUUAGUGUUCAAUUGCGGGGACGAAGGACGAAUCGUAAAAAUUAUUACGUUCUGAAUAGACUUUCGCAAUUGUAUUUUUGUAGUUUUCUAGUUUCAGUCCGAAAUGAAAACGUGUUUAGAAAUAGUAGCGUUGUGUAGCGGUGUGGAAGUAAAACAAAAAAAAAAUAAAAUCGAGCUAAAUGGAUAUUUGAUACAUUAGUUUACAAUAAUUACAAUAAUGCCCAGUGCGAAUUAG